AUGUCUUCUCCUUCUCCAAAGAAAUCGCUAUCUGUCCGAACGGAUCGAGACCGACGGACAUCAAUACACUCAAAGAUUGGAGAAAACAGUUAUAAAUCCGUUGCCAAUUUUUAUUUUAAGAUGAAGUAUUUUAUUAGAUUUCCCGAUCACCUUAGUCGCUAUAACGGCUAUAUUUUGGACGUGGAAAGGAAAGAUGGAGUCAAAAUGUAAGUAUACUAAUUUCAACCAUUAACAAUAUCAAUGCAUGUUAUAAUUGUUAUCGCUAGAGUAUUGACAUACAAGCCGCAUACGCAUCUGUUUGGCGCAAAUUAGCGAGCUAUGAUGUACAUGCCUAUCCAGUUCCUACCAAACAAAACUGUAAUUUGUAUGUACCUCGUAACAUUUCAAUGUCAACAAUGCAUAAUUAACAAUGUGGGCUUGGUUGGAACUUUUAGAAAAAUCUUUUCGGCAUAUUUAUAAACGCCACAAUGUUUAUCUAAUUAAGGGUUAGCAUCAUCUACUAAAAAUUGGGACUCGAGCGUUGAUCACUUGCGGCGAAGUGGUUAGUCGACGUCUGGUCAUUCGCGACAGCCGUGAUAGGGGUUAUAAUACCCUUUCAAAGCUAACCCUGUAAAUGUUUACGCUUUUUCAAUGAAAUAUUUUAACCCUCAAACAAUACGUCCACAUGUUAUUGCAUUACUUAAUUGAGAUUCGCUGCGUUAUAUAAGAUAUGGCUACCGAAAUUCUUCAUAUUAUAUGACAUUGUAUUUGCAAUGUUAAAUACGGUUGCAUUAUUACUGAACCGGUAUGAUUCAUAAUAUAAACCUUAUAUCUGGAAUAUAAAAUGCCAAUUUAUGCAUCCAGGUGGUCCUCUGUAAAAUUCGAUGUUCUGUUAAUUAAUUCUAUAGUAAGGCUUGAAUUGCAUGGUGCUUCUAUAUGAUACAUUGCUCUGUGACAAUAUAUUUGUUAACAGGCCCUAUAGUAAUGUAUGAUGAAGAUUUCAUUGAAAAGACAAAUGAUAAAACCACUUUGCCUUCGAACUAUAAAAAAGUCAACAGCGCAACAGGAUGGCUAGGCGGUAGGCAACAAAAGCCGGAAACGACUAUGACGUAAUUAGUUAAAGGAAACGUUAACUAUACAUGCAUAUAUAGCGCCUCAAAUUGCGACAUCCGCACACGUCGACUACAUAGCAAAAGACCAACUGAUAAGGGCAUGUUUACAUAGAGAGUGUUAACCAGAAUUUUUUAAAUAUCUACGCAUUCGAAAAGCAGAGCUUUGUGUAGUCAAGUGUAUUUGCCCUGAAAAACGGGAACAGUUCUGUGAUUUUCAGUAACCAAAUAAGUAUUCAUGAUUCAUGAAAAGUGAUCAUUUAUGCCGAAUGCGAAAUAAAUCUGUUGAACUAGGGUACCUGCAAGGUAGGGAUUGCUGCGGGCAUUAAAAGCAAAUAGAACUACAGUAAACAGCACAAAUUAUAUCAAGCACAGUGAUUACUCGCAGCAACAAGUGAGCUGUGAAUGGACGAACUGAGAAGAAGCAAUAUAUAUUGAAGUAGCAAAGACCAUAGCCUACGGUGUAGACCCCAGCAUAAACACGUUAUUUUUGUUUGAAAACUUUUUAGGGAAGCAUUUGUGACGUGUGAUGAGGUGAAUGUGGCCAAAAAAUUUUGGAAUGCUAUAAAUAGGACAUUCUCGUGUAAAGGAGGGGUUUUAUGGGAAGGUGUGCAAGACAAUCAGUUAUGCAACUUUCUCAUUAAAUUGGGUGAAGAGUUUUGGGAAGAUGGAAAUGGUGACAGAGCAACGAAGAAGGCAGCACUGGUCAUUGGGCGACAAUGGACAACUGACGAAGAGCAGUUGGGAAACGAAGUUUAUGUUCUGAACGAGGACGUUCAG